AUGGUCAAGGAGACAAAGUUCUACGACCUCCUCGAGGUCUCCCCCACCGCCUCCGAGGCGGAGCUCAAGAAGGCCUACCGAAAGAAGGCGUUGAAGGAGCACCCAGACAAGGGUGGCGACCCGGAAAAGUUCAAGUCCAUCACCGCGGCAUACGAGGUGCUCGCCGACUCUGACAAGCGCGACCUCUACGACCGCUUCGGUGAGCAGGGCCUCGAGGGCGGCGGAAUGGGCGGCGGCAUGGACCCACAGGACCUCUUCUCCCAGCUCUUUGGCGGCGGAGGCGGCGGCUUCUUCGGCGGCCAGGGCGGCCGUCCGCGCGGCCCACGCAAGGGCAAGGACCUCGUCCACCGCGUCAAGGUCUCGCUCGAGGAGCUCUACGCCGGCAAGGUCACCAAGCUCGCACUCCAGAAGCACGUCCUCUGCAAAAAGUGCGACGGCCGCGGCGGCAAGGAGGGCGCUGUCAAGACGUGUGGCGGAUGCAAUGGCCAGGGUAUCAAGGUCGUCCUCCGACAACUCGGCCCCAUGGUCCAGCAGAUGCAGCAGACCUGCCCCGAGUGCCAGGGCAACGGCGAGAUCAUCAACGCAAAGGACCGCUGCAAGGAGUGCAACGGCAAAAAGAUCAACCAGGAGCGCAAGGUGCUCGAAGUCCGCAUCGACAAGGGCAUGGAGGACGGCCAGCACAUCACCUUUAAAGAGGAGGCCGACCAGGCGCCCAACACCAUCCCCGGCGACGUCAUCAUUGUCGUCGACGAAAAGCCACACCCGCGCUUCAAGCGCAGGAAGAACGACCUCUACAUUGACGUCGAGGUCGACCUGCUCACAGCGCUCGCCGGCGGCAAGAUCCUCAUCGAGCACCUCGACGACCACGCCCUCUCCGUCGAGAUCCCCGCAGGCGAGGUGAUCAAGCCUGGCGAGGUCAAGGUGCUGCGCGGUCAGGGCAUGCCCAGCUACCGCCACCACGAGCUCGGCGACCUCUACGUCAACCUCAGCGUCGCCUUCCCCGAAACCAUCGACCUCGACGCCAUCCCGCUCCUCGAAAAGGCGCUCCCACCGCGCAACGCCUUGCCCAAGACCAAGAAGGAGGUCGAUGUCGAGGAUGUCCAGAUGGACGACCUCGACGAGCGCGAGGCGCGCAACGCCAAGCCCAACGGCGCAGGCGCUCAGCACAUGGGCAUGGACGACGACGACGAAGACGGCCCCGGCGGCGGACCCCAGGUGCAGUGCGCCCAGUCCUAA